AUGUCAGGCACAAUAACGUCAUUCAGCGCAUGUGGUGGUUGUUUGCUCGCCAGCUCAUCUACCGAUAAAACGAUCCGGAUCUGGGAUAUGCGCGUCAACGAAGCCGUCAAAGUGUUUGAUCCACUCCUCAAACCUUCAGCAUCCGGUGCAUUUCAUGUGGACGGAAGUGGGCGAAUUUUGGUGCGUGGCGAUGCAUCUGGUAUGGUGCAUGCAUUUGACACCUCGUCAGCCAAGAAAAUUAUCAGCAAACGGACAACUGCCGGACCAGUUUCGUGUCUUCGGAUCGGCAAUUCAAAGCGUUUCAUGAUUGUAGCAGAUGAACAGCGGUACGCAUUUUAUAUAAUUUUUUUGGCCCUGUUGGAAAAGUUUACAUUUUCUUACACCGAAACGUCUUUCUCUUAG